GAUUUGAGUAAUAACGCGAUCAUGUCCAUUCAAGCGAACGCCUUCUCGCAGAUGAAGAACCUGCAGGAGCUGCGUCUGAACACCUCCAGCCUGCUGUGCGACUGCCAGCUGAAGUGGCUUCCCAUCUGGGUGGCAGAGCAAACCUUCCUGCCCUGCGUCAACGCCAGCUGCGCCCACCCGCAAAUGCUGAAGGGCAGGAGCGUGUUUGCCGUCAGCCAGGACGAGUUUGUGUGUGAUGAUUUCCCAAAGCCUCAGAUCACCGUUCAGCCGGAGACCCAAUCAGCCCUCAAGGGCACCAACGUGACAUUUAUCUGCUCGGCGGCCAGCUCCAGCGACUCACCCAUGACCUUCGCCUGGAAGAAAGACAAUGAGGUCCUGAAUGAUGCGGAGAUCCACAACCAGGCCCAUCUGCGAGUGCAAGGAGGAGCAGGAGGUGAGACGGAAGUGACAGAGUAUACAACCACCCUGCAGCUCCGUACCGUGGAGUUCUCCAGCGAGGGAAAAUACCAGUGCAUCAUCUCCAACCACUUUGGAUCGUCCUACUCCACCAAGGCCCGGCUCACUGUCAACAUGUUGCCAUCCUUCACCAAGAUGCCCAUGGACUUAAGUAUUCGUGCCGGAGCGACAGCCAGAUUGGAAUGUGCCGCUGUGGGUCACCCUUCCCCUCAGAUCGCCUGGCAAAAAGACGGAGGUACUGAUUUUCCUGCCGCCCGUGAACGGCGCAUGCACGUCAUGCCGGAGGAUGAUGUGUUUUUCAUUGUGGAUGUCAAGACGGAGGAUAUUGGCGUUUACAGCUGCACAGCACAGAACACAGCAGGAGCCAUUUCUGCAAAUGCUACACUUACUGUUCUAGAAACACCCUCCUUCCAGCGGCCCCUCAUGGAUCGCACUGUGGCCAAGGGUGAAACCGCCGUCCUCCAGUGCAUCGCCGGUGGCAGCCCACCCCCAAGGUUGAACUGGACCAAAGACGACAGCCCCUUGGUGGUGACAGAGCGCCACUUUUUUGCCGCCGCCAACCAGCUCCUCAUCAUCGUCGACGCAGCAGAGGCUGACGUGGGGAAGUACACCUGUGAGAUGUCAAAUGCGCUGGGCACAGAGAGGGGCAACAUUCGACUUGCAGUCAUAUCGAACCCCAACUGCGACCCUGGCGUGCAGGGCAGCAUGGGGGUCGGUGUCGUGGGUGGGGCAGGAUCGGACGACGAUGGGUGGACCACAGUGGGAAUCGUGAUCAUAGCGGUGGUGUGCUGCGUGGUGGGCACUUCGCUAGUUUGGGUGGUCAUCAUCUACCACACCCGAAGACGGAACGAGGACUGCAGCGUCACCAACACAGAUGAGACCAACCUGCCUGCCGACAUUCCCAGUUACCUGUCCUCCCAGGGCACGCUGGCUGACCGACAGGACGGCUACAUCCCGUCAGAGAGCGGCAGCAGCCAUCAGUACAUGCCGUCGUCCCUCAGUGGCUUCUACCUGCAGCAGAAAGACAUGAACGGUCUUUGUCAGCUGGAUACUGGAAGUGAAGCAGACUUGGAGGCAGCGAUCGAUCCUCUGCUCUGCCACUAUCAAGGUCCAAUAGGCUCGUUGCUUCGCAGAGACAACAUGUACGCCACUGACCCGUCAGAGGGCUUCACAGGCUGUUCCAUCGACCAAAGGCCUGCAUGCAUUGACGCUUACAGCAGUAGCCUGCCUAGUUCUAAAAGGAGGGACUACUUCCUGUCUGAGCAUUUUGACCUCUGCUCCUCCACCGUCCUGAUGCAGCUCCCCAGUGCUGGUCUCCAUCAUGGCCCCUCCCACCAGCCAAGUGACCGGCGACCAUCCGUGGAGGAGGGAGAUGUGAACGACUACGGCCGACCUCACGAAUGCCUCUCACCCUGCAACACCUUCAUGGGAACAUUUGGGAAAGCUCCCUGGAGGCCUCAGCAGGACCUGUACAUGGGCUUCGGCCCGCCAUCAGCGACACAUAAUGCAAUGACUCCACAUGAGAACCCUUACGCCGCACCUGAUGUCGAUUCAGACCAGGAGGAGAACAGUCUCGCCAAGGACUCGUCGUCAGAGCAGGGUAGCAGUGUUUACGAACAGCCGUUUGACAGCAGCAGGACUGAUCCCUUGCCACAGCGCAGAACGAGCACUUAGCAGAGUGAUGCUCCUGCUGGAUCUUGUUUUUCAUGAAGAGGACGACCAAAAAACUCAAUGAAAUUUCUACCUCACUAAACGGACACUUUUGCAAUAAUGACUCCUCAAAUGUGCAAAGAGUGAAUGUAAUGGACAAUUUCAUGUUCCUACAGAAAAAGAACCAGGAGCAUAUUAACAGCUGUUCUUCAAGGACACAGAUUGAUAACAUAGAU